UGAGGCACUGGAGACAGCUUCCAGUCCUGUUAAUGCUAUUGUAUGUUUUGUGCUCAGCAUGCCAGUUCUGCCGCUGGAUGAGCUGCAGGUCACCGAGAAAGAUCCAGUAUCGGGAAAGUCACGGACACUACCGGCCCUGCACCCUGAACGAGCAUCAUCUAGGCACUUUGUAACAUAUGUAUCUCCUCCAUCAUCUUCUGGUUUACUGGAAGAGUUCUUGGAGAGAGCUGAAUUUAUUAAACAGGACCUGCAGUGGUUACUUGCACUACCUCACGAUCUCUUUUGGUGCCAGGUGAUAUUUGAUGAGUCUUUACAGAAAUGUCUGGAUUCUUACCUGAGUAAUGCACCUAGAAAAUAUGACAGUAAUCCCCCACUCCCACCAACUGUGCAACAAGUUCAGAAUGAACUUCAUCGAUGUGUCUUCCUCACAUUUUUACGAAUGUCCACACACAAAGAGUCCAAGGAACAUCACAUCACCCCUUCUGUGUUUGGUGAAAUCCUGUACAAUAACUAUUUGUUUGACAUUCCCAAGCUGAUGGAUAUAUGUGUCCUCUUUGGAAAGGGAAAUUCUGCCUUGCUUCAGAAAAUGAUUGGUAACAUCUUCCAGCAUCAGCCUAGUUACUACGAGGACCUUGGUAACUCAGUGCCAACGCUACUGCAGGUGUUUAACAACAUUCUAGAGAUCUGUGGGCUGCAAAUGGAUGGUGACAAAGCAGAACCUCAGAAGCUGGGAGACCAGAGAAAAACAACACCUCUUGACAUGGCAGAGGAGGAACUACAAGAUGUGUUGCUUUACCUCUGCGAUACUUCCAGCACCCUGUGGGCUUUCCUGGACAUUUUUCCAGCUGCCUCUCAGACAUUACAGAAACAUGGCUUCCUAAACAGGCUGAGCAGUUUUUAUGAACUGUGCUGUCCGGAGCUAGAAGAUGCAAUAACGAAGAGGAAAUUUGAAGAUAAAGGACUACAGGCUGGUCUCUGGAGCAGGCUUUCUCAUUCCAGGAAGAAGAUGCUAGAGAUAUGUCACACAAUCCUGAGCAAUUCAUGCUUACAGCCCAUCCUUGAACACAGAGCUGACAAUAUACAGCCGUAUGUGGAGGAGUUCUUGGAGAUCCUGACAUCUCUGCUUCCAGAGAGAAGAUUUCUGUGCGAUUACGAUGAGCUGUUUCCUGUGGCUGAGGAUGUGAGUUUGCUCCGGCAGGUUUCCCCUUCACUUGAUGAGACUCGCACUACUUACAUCUUGCAUGGGGUACAGGGGUCAUGGGCAGAUAGCCGAAGACCCAGGCCCUGUCUUGCACCCCCACACACUGGCAAAGUCACAGAGGGAGCGUACGCUGGUGCUCAUCAAAAUUCUCAAAGUAUAAAAGAGCCUGAGUGUGAAGGAGCCGCUGCCUACACACAUCUCACUGAUGUUGAGCUGGAUUCACUGGUGUCUCAGGUGAAGGAUUUGCUUCCAGAUUUCGGGGAGGGAUUCAUCCUUAGCUGCCUCGAAGAAUAUGGAAAUGAUCCUGAGAAAGUCAUAAAUAAUUUGCUAGAGGAGAAUUUGACACCACGUCUGCAAGAAUUGGAUCGCACCAUGCCCAGACAGCAGAAACCAGAACCAUGCCCGCUUGUUUCCUCAAGAUCAAACAUCUAUGCAGAUGAUGAAUUUGAUGUUUUCAGCAGAGAUGUUGUGGACGCUUCACGGAUUUGGAAAGGAAGGAGGAAACAGGAGACCUCAGCACAACUCCUGGCAGAUAAGAGUGUGAUCGCCGGACAGAAGGAGCGGUAUUCCCGAUAUGCCAUGGUCACUGAAGAGCACAUUGUCGAUGGUGAUUACGAUGAUGAAUAUGAUGAUACUUAUGAUGGGAACCAGGUUGGCGCAAAUGAUGCAGACUCUGAUGAUGAGCUGAUCAGCCGCAGACCCUUCACAACACCACAGGUACUGAGAUUGCGUGAAGAGGCUGCAGUAGAGGAGGAUGAAGAAGAGGAAGCAGAAGAAGAAACUGUGAAGCCCGAUCACUUUGUGCAAGACCCUGCAGUACUGAGGGAACGAGCAGAAGCACGGAGAGCCAGUUACUAUGCCAGAAAAGGAAUUCGACACGACAAUUCAUCGGCUUUACUUGGAGCAAACAGAGGCCAAGGGCAAAGUAGAGACACUUUGCAGGAACGAAGGAAGAAAGAAGCCAACAAGGGUGUCAGAGCCAACCACAAUCGCAGGGCCAUGGCGGACAGGAAACGGAACAAAGGCAUGAUACCUUCCUAAAACCUAAUGCAUCGCUCACCUCAGAGGGACAAUCGUAUCCUCACCCCUUGAAACAAGUGGAGUUUGGCUUUGUGAGCAAUAAUAGGCUAAAUACAAGCUUUAUUUGUGCCAUCCUCCAGGACCAUUCUGUCUCCAGGUCCCACAUGUUUACCAAGGCUAUCACAAUUUCAAAGUGAACACAAGAAUUAUCUUGCGUUUUGUUUCAAUACAGCUUUCUUGGAGUGAAA